AUGACCAAUCUAGGAAAGCUUUUGGAUUUUAGUACACGUCUUCAUAAGAAAAAUUCUGAACCUGUUAGUCCAGAUGCAUUUCGUUCGAAUUUGGAUCCAGAAUUAAUAGAUCAUAUUCUCGGAAAAGAUGAUGCUGUUUUAAUGAAAGAUGCUAUGGCUAUCAUUACUGAUUCUAGUCAAUCAUUGGAAAAUAGAAAAAUUGCGUUCGAAAAUCUUGAAAUGGUAAUUUAUCUUGAAAAUAUGAAUAUGUGGGAACCGUUAAUUCAACAACUUUCUUCUUUAGAUCCUAUUAUUAGAAUGCAUGCAGCUUCUGUAUGUGGUACUGCAGUUCAAAAUAAUAUUGAUAGUCAAAAAUGCUUUUUGAAUAAUAGGGGUUUAGAAAAAGUAUUGAGUUUAUUUAAUUUAGAUGAUAAUCCGGAUGUUCGUUUAAAAUCAUUUUAUGCAGUAGCAAGUGAGGUUCGAAAUAAUUAUGCUGCUUUGGAAGAAUUUUGUAAACUUGAUGGUUGGGCCAUUAUAGUAAAGUAUCUUAAAGAUGACAAUUAUUCUACUAUUCAAAGAAAAAUUCUUUUUUUUAUAUGGUCAUUGUUGUUACAAGAUAUAGGUGUUGAGCUUGUAAUAGACUCCAUUAAGCUUAAUCAGCUACAAAAAGAAUUGGUUCAUACCAUACAAAGAAAAGAAAUACAAGAAAAUGCUUUUGAAGAAGCAUUAAAGUGUAUUUCCUUACUUUAUGAAAAAUCUCCUUCAAUUUUUGAUAAAAAUGAAUUGGUAUAUAUAAGAAAUGUUAUUAAAUCCAUAAAAGAAAGAGAUGAUUUUGAGGCUAUUAGUAAAGACGAUAUAAAGGAAAUCAGUAUGCAGUUUGGUAUUAUAGAAUAA